CUUCCCUUUAACCAUAAUAAGCAUGGGAUACUCACAAUCCCUUGGCUGCUUCUUUCAAAAUGCAAUGCCUUACAUCGUUGUCAUCUCCCUCACAUUUGGCUACGCCGGAAUGAAUAUCAUCUCCACCAUCUCCCUCCCCCGCCGUAUGAGCCACUACGUCCUCGUCGUCUACCGCCACGCCUUUGCCACCGCUGUCAUGGCACCCUUUACUCUUUUCUUCGAGAGGUACGUUUUCGAUCAGAACUUCUACUAUUUAGGGUUGAAAAUUACAUCUCCAACUUUCUCGUGUGCCAUAGGCAACAUGCUUCCUUCAAUGACGUUCAUCAUGGCAGUUCUUUACAAAAUGGAAAAGUUGGAUUUGAAGAACGUGAGAUGCCAAGCCAAGGUGUUAGGAACAAUAGUGACGGUGGUGGGAGCCAUGUUGAUGACAUUUUAUAAAGGAAGUGUCAUCAACUUUUUCUGGACCGGGCAUGGCCGCCACCCAAACACACCACCCACGGCGGAUGCGGCGGCGGCGUCCAACCUUCACAACGACGGAAAGGUCAUCAAAGGCUCCAUCUUCCUCAUCAUCGCCACUCUAGCUUGGGCCGCCUUCUUCAUUCUCCAAGCCAUAACCUUGAGAAAAUACACAGCCCAUCUUUCUCUCACCACCAUGGUUUGCUUUUUAGGAACCCUUCAAGCCAUUGUCGUCACCCUUGCCAUGGACCACCCCCGCCACUCCUGGUCCAUCGGCUGGGAUAGAAACCUGUUGGCCGCCACUUAUGGGUAA